AUGCUGUCUGGACUAAACGGCGCUGUCUGGAUAGAUGAUAAAGAACCGCAGGACUCGACAACAAACACCAUUAACAUUAACGACAGUAGCUGUAGUAUUAUACAGAGUAAACAAGAGAUGGGUUCGCUUUCUACCUUCAAAUCCAUGCUUGAUGUAGAAGACGACUGGUAUGUUGCUAACACUAGUAUCCAAAAUCAUCAAGAUGGUAUUAGAGAUAUCACAUUUUCACCAAAUCUCGGUGACCCAGAUAAUCUUUUGCUUCAUUCAGUGGAUUCUUCCUCUUCUUGCUCACCAACCUCCUCUGUUUUCAACAAUCUCGACCCAUCUCAAGUUCACUACUUUAUGCAUCCAAAACCCACCUUAUCUUCACUUCUUAACGUUGUUUCUAAUAACCCUUUAGAGCAUGGGUUCGAUUUGGGUGACAUUGGGUUUCUUGAUAACCAGGCUACUAAUACAACUACAACAACAGCAAAUGCCUCAUCUUUACUAAACAGGGGAGGUGGAGUAUUAGGCAACUUUACUGAUAUGAGCUCAAACAAUCAGAUUAGCAGUUCUAAUUUAUGCACUGACCCAUCCUUUUCUACUACCCGGAUGCUCCAAUUGCCUGAAACGUGUCCUGGGUUUGCAGGAUUUAGGGGUUUUGAUGAGAGUUCAGGAAAUGCACUGUUUUUGAAUAGGUCUAAGUUGUUAAGGCCUCUUGAAACAUUCCCUUCAAUGGGUGCACAGCCUACCUUGUUUCAAAAGAGAGCAGCGUUGAGGAAAAAUUUGGCUGACAAUGGGUCUAAUUUGGGGGCUUUAAGUGGGAUUGAGAUAAAUAAAGGGAAGAGAGAAAUGAGUCAGAUGGGUGAAGAGAAUGAGAGAAAGAGAAAGUUGGGUAAUGUAGAUGAUACUUUUGAAGAUGUAAGCAUUGAUGGGUCGGGUUUGAAUUAUGACUCUGAUGAGUUCACGGAGAACACUAAAAUGGAGGAGAUUGGCAAAAAUGGAGGGAAUAGCUCUAAUGCAAAUAGCAGUGUCACUGGCGGCGGUGGAGAUCAGAAGGGGAAGAAGAAGGGGCUUCCUGCUAAAAAUUUGAUGGCAGAAAGGAGGCGCCGGAAGAAGCUCAAUGAUAGGUUAUAUAUGCUUAGGUCUGUAGUUCCAAAGAUUAGCAAGAUGGACAGGGCAUCAAUACUUGGGGAUGCAAUUGAGUACUUGAAGGAACUUCUGCAAAGGAUCAAUGACCUACAUAAUGAAUUGGAGUCCACUCCUCCUGGCUCUUCUUUGACACCCACCACAAGUUUUCACCCUUUGACGCCCACUCCAUCAGCCCUUCCCAGCCGUAUCAAGGAUAAGCUUUGCCCAACCUCAUUGCCAAGUCCAAAUGGUCAACCGGCAAGGGUUGAAGUGAGAGUGAGAGAAGGAAGAGCUGUAAACAUACACAUGUUUUGCAGUCGAAGAGCAGGUCUCCUGCUCUCCACUAUGAGGGCUUUGGAUAACCUUGGCCUAGACAUCCAGCAAGCUGUCAUCAGUUGUUUCAAUGGUUUUGCCAUGGAUAUCUUUCGAGCUGAGCAAUGUAAAGAAGGGCAAGAUGUUCAUCCUGAGCAAAUAAAAGCAGUGCUUCUGGAUUCAGCUGGCUUCCAUGGAGUGAUGUAG